UGUGUAUGAGUGGGAGUGAGAGAGAGGGAGGCAAUAUUUAAUGCAAAAACAAUGACCAAGAACACCAAUCCAAGAACAAAUGUCCUGGAGAAAAACAAUGUAAAUAGAAUAUAAUAGUAUUUUCUUCUCUCUCUCUGUCUCCUCUUCUCUCCCAGUGGUUGCAUCUGAUUUUGUUCUUAUUUUCUAUUAGUUUUAAGUCAUCUAACAAGGAUGACAGUUUAACAUUUAGCCUCAAAACAACAAAGUCUUAUUGCUUCAUAGUCUCCUAAGUGCAGUCCUUUUGGCCUUAUGCAUUAGGAAGGGAGCAAAAAUUGCAGGCAGAAAAUGCUUGGUUUUGGAGGUGUAAACAACUAGAAGAAACCACACAUAAACAUAACCAUGGCCAUACAAACCAGUCCAAAAGGCAGAAGAAAAAAAAUAGGGGAAAAAACACUCAACCUAUCAUAUCAUUGAAGAAUCUCAAAUUAACAAUCUUCAUUUUCUAAAUUUUGUAAAUACAUUUCUGAUUCACUUGUGUUUUUCAAUAACCAGAAAGAAGAAUCAGUCUACCAAGUGCUUGAAAUUGCUUGCAGACAAACAAAUAGUACAUCCAAAAAAUUGACGUUUCAGGAAUCACUAUGUCUGCCGGCUAGGCUCAAAUAUAAAGUCAUUCUUAUCUCACCUGGCAUUGGCUAUAUCAGAAAAUGAAAGAGAUCAUGCAACAGAUCAAGCCUGCCAGUUUUUCUAGAUAGCUUAGGAAUACUGCAUACCUUGAAUAAUCUCCAAAUCUGCUUCUCCUCUCUCUCCUUCUAGACCACAGAACCAGAAAAAUGGCAGGCAAAAGCAUGUUCCGCUACGCUGAUAGCAUCGACAAGUUUUUUAUGUUUUUUGGGACUCUGGGCAGCAUAGGAGAUGGGAUACAGGUUCCUCUCAUGAUGUAUAUUCUUAAGGAUGUGAUCAAUGCUUAUGGAGAUAAAAACCGUGGCUUGACAAACGAUAUGGUUGACACGUUCGCACUGCGUCUACUUUAUACUGCAAUUGGAGUUGGACUUUCAGCCUUUGUAGGUGAGCAUAUUUGCUGGAAUAUAUUCAUGGGGUAAGAGGAGGGAUUGUGUUGGGCAAGAACAGCCGAGAGACAGACAUCUAGGAUGAGAAUGGAAUAUUUGAAAUCUGUGCUUAGACAAGAAGUUAGCUUCUUUGAUACCCAAACUGGUUCGACAACUCAUGAGGUUGUCUCCCUCAUUUCCUCUGAUGCCAGUUCAAUCCAAGUUGCCUUAUGUGAAAAGAUACCUGAUUGCCUUGCUUACAUGUCAACAUUUUUCUUCUGCCACAUAUUUGCUUUUGUAGUAUCAUGGAGAUUCACAUUUGCAGUCAUCCCACUCUCAGUCAUGUUCAUUGGUCCAGGGCUCAUGUUUGGCAAAAUUAUGAUGAACCUGAUAAUGAAGAUGAUUGAAUCUUAUGGUGUUGCUGGUGGGAUUGCAGAGCAAGCGAUAUCUUCAAUAAGAACAGUCUAUGCAAAUGUAGGAGAAAAUCAAACACAGGAAAAAUUCAGCCAAGCACUCCAAAAAAGUAUGGAAUUUGGGAUUAAGUCCGGUUUUGUGAAGGGAUUGAUGCUUGGAAGUAUGGGAAUCAUUUACGCUGGUUGGGGUUUCCAAGCUUGGGUUGGCACUUAUUUGAUUACUGAGAAGGGAGAAAAAGGAGGCAAUAUUUUCAUAGCUGGUUUCAAUGUUCUAAUGGGAGGACUGAGUAUAUUGAGUGCACUUCCUCAUCUAACCUCCAUCACAGAGGCAACAUCUGCAACUGCUCGUAUCCUUGAAAUGAUUGAUCGUGUUGCAGAGACAGACAGAGAAGACAAAAAGGAGAAAGCCCUAUCACACAUGAAAGGAGAAAUUGAAUUCCAAAACGUAUAUUUUAGCUAUCCAUCAAGGCCAGAUACGCUUGUAUUACAAGGAUUCAAUCUGAAGGUUCCAGCGGGGAAGAGAGUAGGCCUCGUUGGAGGAAGUGGAUCUGGCAAGUCCACAGUUAUCUCACUGCUUGAAAGGUUUUAUGAUCCCACUGAUGGAGAAAUACUCUUGGAUGGACAUAAAAUAAAAAGAUUCCAGCUAAAAUGGUGGAGAUCUCAAAUGGGUUUGGUGAAUCAGGAACCUGUUCUAUUUGCAACUUCAAUAAAAGAGAACAUAAUGUUCGGAAAAGAUGGAGCUUCAAUGGAACAAGUGAUAAAUGCAGCUAAAGCUGCAAAUGCACACGACUUCAUUGUUAAGCUGCCAGAAGGUUAUGAUACUCGAGUCGGUCAGUUUGGUUUCCAAAUGUCUGGAGGUCAAAAGCAACGGAUUGCCAUUGCAAGAGCUCUUCUUCGGGACCCAAAAAUACUGCUACUUGAUGAAGCAACCAGUGCACUGGAUGCACAAUCAGAACGAAUGGUACAGGAAGCAAUUGAUAAGGCAUCAAAAGGAAGGACGACAAUCACCAUUGCACAUCGUCUUUCAACAAUACAAACAGCACAUCAAAUUGUGGUUCUUAAAGCUGGGGAAGUAAUUGAAUCAGGUUCACACAAUGAGCUGAUGUUGUUGAACAAUGGACAGGGUGGGGAGUAUCUACGGAUGGUGCAGUUGCAGCAGAUGGCAGUGCAGAAUGAAACAUUCUAUGAUUCCAAUAUUGAAAUGGAUAGAAGAUAUCGCCAUAGGAUGAGUGCUCCCACAAGCCCAAUCAGUGUGAAGUCGAGUGGACAUAAUACUCCAGUAUUAUUUCCCUUCAGCACAGCAAUGUCCAUCUCCAUGGGUACACCCUACUCUUACUCUGUCCAAUUCGAUCCUGAUGAUGAAAGCUUUGAAGAAGAUAAAAAACAUCCAGCUUAUCCUUCUCCUUCCCAGUGGCGUUUGCUGAAAAUGAACGCACCUGAAUGGAGACGAGCGCUGCUUGGAUGUUUAGGUGCUCUAGGCUCAGGAGCAGUUCAACCCAUUAAUGCAUACUGUGUAGGAGCACUCAUAUCAGUAUAUUUUCGUGCUAAUGAGCCCAACAUUAAGUCUAAAUCUAGAAACUUGUCACUUGUCUUCUUAGGCAUUGGCAUUUUCAACUUCUUAACAAAUAUCCUACAACACUACAAUUUUUCAAUCAUGGGAGAAAGACUUACCAAGCGGGUGCGUGAGAAGAUACUUGAAAAGCUUAUGACAUUUGAAAUUGGAUGGUUUGAUCAAGAUGAAAACACAAGUGCAGCCAUUUGUGCAAGGUUAUCAACUGAAGCCAACAUGGUCCGUUCCCUCGUUGGAGACAGAAUGUCACUACUGGUUCAAGCAAUUUUUAGUGCAGCCUUUGCUUACAGUGUGGGACUUGUGCUCUCGUGGAGGUUAACUCUGGUGAUGAUUGCAGUGCAACCACUAGUCAUUGGUAGCUUCUAUGCAAGGAGUGUGUUGAUGAAAAGCAUGGCUGAAAAAGCCCGAAAAGCACAGAGAGAAGGAAGCCAACUUGCAAGUGAAGCUGUAACAAACCAUAGAACUAUCGUUGCAUUCUCAUCUCAGAAAAAGAUACUUGGGCUCUUUGCUGCUACCCUGAAAGCUCCUAAGGAAGAGAGUGCUAGACAAUCUUGGAUAUCUGGCCUUGGCCUGUUCAGUUCCCAGUUCUUCAACACUGCUGCAACAGCUUUGGCCUAUUGGUAUGGUGGGAGGCUAUUGACACAAGAUAUGAUAUCCUCAGAACACAUCUUUCAAGCAUUCUUGAUAUUGCUAUUUACUGCAUACAUCAUAGCAGACGCUGGAAGCAUGACUUCUGAUAUAUCUAAAGGAAGCAAUGCUGUUGGAUCAGUUUUUGCAAUCCUAGACAGGAAGACUGAAAUUGAUCCAGAGAACAAAUCAGGGCGAGAUCUCAAAAGACGGAUAAAGGGUAAAGUGGAGCUCAGGAAUGUUUGCUUCUCAUAUCCAACAAGACCAGAACAGAUGGUUUUAAGGGGACUGAGCCUUAAAAUUGAUGCAGGAAAAACAGUUGCUCUGGUGGGGCAGAGUGGUUCUGGAAAAUCUACUAUUAUUGGACUUAUUGAAAGGUUCUACAAUCCCUCAAGCGGAUCUAUACACAUUGACGAGCAUGAUAUUAAGAACUACAAUUUGAGAUGGUUAAGGUCACAAAUUGCAUUAGUCAGUCAAGAGCCAACUCUUUUUGCUGGAACUAUCAGAGAAAACAUUGCCUAUGGAAAAGAGGAGGCAGGGGAAUCAGAGAUCAGAAAAGCAGCUGUUCUAGCCAAUGCCCAUGAAUUUAUAAGUGGAAUGAAAGAUGAGUACGAUACAUACUGCGGAGAGCGAGGAGCUCAGCUAUCAGGAGGGCAAAAGCAAAGAAUCGCACUGGCUCGAGCAAUCCUGAAGAACCCAUCAAUCCUGCUGCUAGAUGAGGCAACAAGCGCACUGGACAGUGUAUCAGAGAAUUUGGUGCAGGAAGCCCUAGAGAAGAUGAUGGUUGGGAGAACUUGCAUAAUUGUUGCUCACCGAUUAUCGACGAUCCAGAAGGCGAACACCAUCGCGGUGAUCAAGAACGGGAAGGUCGUGGAACAAGGAUCGCACAGUGAGCUGAUUUCAAUGGGGCAACGUGGAGAGUACUAUUCUUUGACAAAAUCGCAGGCCGCAUUGAAUCUUUGAGAAUUCAUAUGGGGUUUUUUAGGGUUUAAACUUGUUGCAAUUGUAAGUCUUUUUGUGGGAUGGAAGAGGAAUUGAAUCAGUCUGCUUAAUUCUUGUGAAUAUGAUGAUGAUGAGAAUGAACCCACAUGAAAUUAGAAAUUU